AUUGAUGAAAUAAAAACAAGAAGCCUCCCACGGUCACUGAGCUCGUGCAUUUCCAACAAAAAUAUUUAGUCUGCCUCCUCCGCACUGUUACUGUGGGCUGUGGCUUCUCUUUCUCACUCUCCAUAACUUCCCAACGCCACGAGAUCGUCUUUUCCGUCUCUCAUCGUACGUUAUCGUAGAAUUUCCUGCUCUUCCUACAUUGGGUCAUCUGCGCCGGACCCGUGUAACCUCUCGGUUAGACUUUAAAUGACGUCUUACGGGCGUGGCUCUCUGCGUGCGUCAACGGAAAGUCAAUGAUUGGAAAGGGGAAUUUGGAACUAGGGUUUUGUAAGCAAUGAGACGGGCGUUCAUAAAUCCGAAGCGAUUUGUGAAGCAAUAGAUAGACCAGGUUUCCAAAAAAAAAAGGUCUAUUCCCGAAGAAAUGGCAUGACCUAAAGAUGGAGGUUUCUGUUCUGAAGGGUGGGGUUUUGGCGCAUGAAAAAGAGGCAUUAAACUUGACAAUUCAGGACGAUCAAUUGAAGCCUGUUGUACAACAAGAAGGGGUCUUCGACAGGGAUUCGAAUGACAGUGAAAAUAUUAGGAUAGCGGAAAAUGGGAACAAGAGGAGUAGUUUAAGCUGUGAUGAUAUCGUUGAAGGAGUUGACAUUGGGAUGGAGGUGAAGAAAAAAGAUGAUUUGAACGAUCAUGUGCAGAUUGGUGGCCGAGCAUUGUCCUCAGUGUCGGAGGAAAAAGACAAGAUGUCUGAUGGUCGAGAGGCACUGAACUUAACAGUUGAGAAUAAGAAUGCGGAACCAAUUGUGCAACAAGAAUGUGACUUAAAUUGGGAUAUGAGUGAGGGUGGUAAUGGGGGGUUUGUCAAGGAUGGGAGCAAAAUUAGUAGUUUAAGCUGUGAUGGUAACAUUGGAGGGGUUAACAUUGAGGUCGAGGUGAAGAAGAAAUAUUAUUUAAAUGAUAAAGUGCACAUUGGUGGUCGAGUAUUGCGCUCAAUGUCAAAUAGAGCAGUCAGUAAAAUAUCCGACGGAGAGGCAUCAAACUUCACAGCUGAGAAUGAGGAAGUGAAGCCAAUCAAUCAACAACCACGUGACUUAGAUGGGGAUGUGAGCAAGAGUGGAAAUGUUGGAUUGGCUAAGACUAGUUAUAAAAGGAAUGGUUUAAGGUCUGACGGUUACUUUGAAGGGCUUGAUGAUGAGAUGGAGUUGAAGAAAUUUAAUGCAAAUGAUAAAGUGAAGACUAGUGGCCGAGUAUUGCGCUCAAUGUCAAAGACAGUAGACAAAAAGAUAUUUCACGGUGGAGAAGCUGAUGAGGUGUUGGUUGGGAAACAUAGAGAGAAUGAACAUGAUUGGUUUGAGAAAAAUAAGGUUAAGGUAGAAAAAGAAGAAGGUGAUGAUUUUGUUAGUAGCAGUUAUGAGAAGGAGGGAGUUCAUGUGAAAAUAGAUGGCAAUGAAAGAAGGGAGUUGAAACGAAAACGUGGCAGGCCCCCUAAAUUGAAGAUGGAAGAGCAAAAUCAAUCAGUUGGUACUUUGCAACAGAAAUGUGGUGGUCCGCCCAAAUUGAAGAUUGAAGAGCAAGGCCAAUUACAUGGCAACAUGCAACGGAAGCGUGGAAGGCCCCCCAAAGUGAAGAUGGAAGAGAAAGAUCAACUAGUUGGUAAUAUGCAACAGAAGCGUGGAAGGCCACCCAAAGCAAAGAUGGAAGAGCAAGAUCAACUAGUUGGUAAUAUGCAACGGAAGCGUGGAAGGCCGCCCAAAAUGAAGACAGAAGGGCAAGAUCAAAAUCCUGGCAAAAAAUUGAAAAGGAAGCGUGGAAGGCCUCCCAAAAUUGAGCAGAAAAUUAAUCAGAUGGAAGUAGUACAAGACAGAAAAGGAAAGGCAGGCUUUCAAAAAGGUAACAAAAGUAUAACUGUGAGAGAUGAUAUGCAUAUGAAUGCAGUUGGUGAUAUGUGCUUGAAAGGGAGACUUCGUGUGAAAGAAUUAAAAAAGGAGAGAUUUUCUUUUGUUAGGAAGAAUGAAUGUGGGAGUAUUUUGAAAACCAAGAAUUGUACAUUUACUUCACCAUUGAUAUCAAAGUCUGUGAAUCCUCCCAUUGAGAAGAAAAAAGGAAUGAAUAAAGCAAAACAGUCAGUGAGGCAACACAUCUUGGAGCUGCUCUUGGCUGCUGGCUGGGUUGUUGAUUACAGACCUAGGAACGGCAAAGAGUAUAAUGAUGCAGUGUACGUUAGUCCAGAUGGAAAGACUCACUGGUCAAUUACCUUGGCCUACAAAAGGCUUCAGCAGCAUUUUGAAGCUGGUGAUGGUGAAGGUGAGGUAUACAUUCCAGGUUUCAAAUUUGUGCCCAUACCAUUGGAGGAAUUCAAUAUUCUAACUAAGGUCGUCAAAAAGAAAAGGGGAGAUAAAGGUAAACUGAAGAAAAAAAAGGUGAAGAAAGAACAAUUAGGUUCUUUUGGAGGCUCAAAUAAGUCAUCAAAGGGGAAAGUGAAUAGAAAAAUGUCAUUUGUUGAGGAGGACAGUCUAGAUGUUUUUUCGCAUAGAAGGUUUCCAAUUCUGGUCAAGGAUCGUAAAUGGCAGAAAAUACACAAAAAGAGGCGUAGUGUUUUUAUGGUUCGCAAUGCUGAGGAGAUAGAUUCAGAAACAAAUGGGUAUGUACUUUACACUGGAAAGCGAACUGUGCUUGCUUGGAUGAUGGAUUUGGGUACAGUCCUGCAAAAUGAGAAGGUUCAUUGUGUGAACCACAGAAGGGAAGGUGCAAAACUGGAGGGAAGGAUCACAAGAGAUGGAAUUCAUUGUGAAUGCUGCAAUGAAAUUAUAACAAUUUCAGAAUUUGAAGUCCAUGCAGGAAACACACUCUCUGCUGAUCCACUCAAAAAUAUACAUACAGAGAGAGGAAUUUCUCUUCUGCAAUGCCUGCUUGACUCAUGGAAUAAACAGGAUGAACAAGAAAGAAAAGGCUUCCAUUUUAUUGACACCACAAGUGAAGACCCUAAUGAUGAUGCUUGUGGUGUCUGUGGAGAUGGUGGAGACUUGAUCUGUUGUGAUAAUUGCCCAUCAACAUUCCAUCAAAGCUGCCUAAAUAUUGAAGAGUUCCCGCCUGGAAACUGGCACUGUGUUUAUUGUUGUUGCAAAUUCUGUGAGUUGGUUGAUGGAAGUACAAAUGAAAGAGAUGGCUAUGAUGACUUUACCACAUCUGCUUUACUUACAUGCCGUUUAUGCGAUCAAAAAUAUCAUAGAUCUUGUGUUGAGGUAAAUGGUGUCGCAGCUGAUGACUCUACUUUUGCAUUCUAUUGUGGAAACAGAUGUGAAGAGAUAUCCAAGAGACUUGAAAUGCUUCUUGGGGUUAAACAUGACCUUGAAGAUGGACUUUCUUGGACUUUCAUUCGCCGGUCAGAUGUUGGCAAUGAUACUUCUCAAAUAAAAUCCCAGAUGGUCGAAUGCAAUUCCAAGCUAGCUGUGGCAUUAUCUGUAAUGGAUGAGUGCUUCAUGCCAUAUAUUGAUCAUAGAAGUGGGAGUAAUCUCAUCCAUAGUAUUCUUUAUAAUUGUGGUUCAAACUUCAAUCGCCUGAACUAUAGUGGUUUCAUUACUGCUAUCCUGGAGAGAGGUGAUGAGGUCAUCGGCGCAGCAUCUAUUAGGAUCCGAGGGAACCAACUGGCAGAAAUGCCAUUCAUUGGGACCCGCUAUAUGUAUAGGCGCCAAGGAAUGUGCCGCCGGCUUCUAAGUGCCAUUGAAUUGGCACUUAGCUCUUUACAUGUUGAGUCGUUGGUUAUACCAGCAGUCUCUGAAGUCAGAGAUACUUGGACUUCUGUUUUUGGGUUUGAGCCGCUUGAAGCGACCAGGAGGCAGAUGAUAAAGAAUUUCAAUCUGUUGGUAUUCCCUCAUGUAGAUAUGUUAAUGAAAGAGAUAAAGAAGCCUGAAGUUGCUGCUAAAGGUCUGAUCCCUAUAGAAGUUUCGAAACUUCAGAAGAAUCAAAAUACAGCUGAUAAAGCGACUGACUGUGAUGAGCCAAGUUCAUUUAGGUCUGAUUUGAUCAUUUCUGCUGGGAGUGGAAUCCCUGCGUUGGAUGUUUGCCCAGUAAAUGACAGACACGCGUCUGCUGAAUCUGGUUCUCGUGAUGGCUUAUUGAAUAAUCCACCACAUCACAUUACCAGCGAGACAGUAGGAUCGAAAGAAAUCAAUUCUGAAUCUAUCAAUGGCUGUGGUUCUCAGCGGAGACCCGGAGGUCAUUGUGCCCCUGAUGAAGUGAAUCUCGAGAUUCUAAAAGCUGAAAAAUCAGACGCACGUGCUGCUAAAGCAGCCUGUCUUCAUAGUCUCGUACUUUCUGGAGAUUGCCAAUCAGUACAGAUAGCUUCAGGAUCCUGUGAGGACAUGGCAGAUGGUGUAAAUGAGAGAAGUGAAGCAGUCGGCAUAGCAGAGGGGAAUUCUGAUCUCAAUGAUAAACCUGGUAUAAAUCGUUCUUCGGAGGUAUCUGAGCUUGAUUUACAGGUCAAUCAAACUGGACAGGGACAGGGUGACACAAACACUGGUUGCGGCAUGUCUCUUCACUGUGCGUCAGCUGGUGGUACUUCGUGUGGCAAAAGUAAUACUGAAGUUAUAGUUGUGUCCGACGAAGCCAGUUGAAAUGUUUGGUUCCAUUUGGCGAGGAAAUAAUUGAUAACCCACUGACAAGCAACCUGGGGAGGUGAGGCCUGGGUUGUUUUAUAUAUAUGAACUGAAUUUUGUGUUUGUAAUUGAUUGCAUCCUGUAUGGGAGGAGAUGGAGGUAUGAUUGUUAAGAGGAGUAGGGCGACCUUAGGUUUAGACACAGGUCAGGAGGGAAGGGAGGUUAGCUCCAAUUUUGUUGUGGGGAGUGAUGAGGGAAACGCAAUUAGGUUUGUGUAAUUUGUUGCUCCCCAUGGUUUUGGCAAAUUGUAAAUGGAGUUCACUAAUGUUAUCCUUAAUCUUGCUUCUAUUUUUC